GGUAAGCACCCGAUAACAUGACAGAACUCAAUUUUGGGAUGUCGUUUGCGACACGGCUUACGCUAUAUCACGAAUAGGUUACUCAAUCCUACAAUAAAAACCUGAAAACAUCAACCGCAUGUUACACGUAGGAAUAUCACGUGCUGAACUAAUGAUAAUGUACUACUCUGUGAUGAAAUUUUAGCCAUUGACCUUAGUUUUAUUCUGAUUAUGAUUACAUGGAGCGCCGUUGUUUGGCAUAUUUUGACUAAAAUUGCGUUACUAUAAAUAACUCCAAUAUAAGUUCGUACCGCGAGACGGUCUUUUGGUUAACAGCGGUGUGAUAUAGCCAUUAUUGAUGACUUCUAUCUGGUAUUAAAUCACGAAAAGGCACAUAUUAUAUAUCUCGUAAAUGCGGAGAGGCAAAAAACCACUCAAGCAGCCGAGUCGUAGUGUUCACCAUUGAGAGUGUUGAAUGGUAGCACCUCAAUGCGUGGUAUUUUCCGUAUCUCGUAUAAUCAGGGUUUAGAACGCGAGAAACGUUUAUAAUACACCAUGUCGGACUGCGGAGGAGACUGCGGAAGUGACGGUGGGGACUGUGGAAACGACAGCGGGGGUGGAUCGUAUGGAGGCGACUAUGGUGGUGGAGACUCUGGAGGCAGUAUCGAGAUUAAAUCGUGUGACGACGACUAUGGUAGUGGACACUCUGGAGGCAGUAUCGAGAUUAAAUCGUGUGACGACGACUAUGGUAGUGGAGGCGACCAUGGUGGUGAAGGCUCUGGAGGCAAUUGCAAGAGUGGAUCGGGUGGAGAUGACGAUUGUAGUAAAAACUGUGGAGGCAAAACUGACAGUGGAGAGUUUGGACGUGGAUACUUUGGAGGUGAUAUUAUUGACCUUGAAGAUUACCACCAUGGCAGCGCAAACGUCUGGCUUCAUGAUGACGAUCCUAGCACGUACAGAAAUGUAUACACCUCUCCACACAGUUCUUAUUACCGAUCCUCACGGCGAGGAGUAGGAAGAGUUGGAAGCAGUUCUUCUGAUUGCUAUUGUCCGGAUAGCGCCUCUGCGAAAUGCAUAACAAUCACAAUAUACGUAGUUACCGGAAUGCUUGUAUUCUACAUUAUAUUAGUAAUGAUGCGAUGAUCGAAGUCUACCAACUCUUUCAGAUCUAGUCUUUACUGACCGCGUUAAAUGUCACUUAUUUUUGCUAUUAUCAAAGUCUACGCAUCAUGGAUAUAAAAGUGCUGAAUACAAACACACAAAGAAAAUUAAUUUCCGCGAGAUCUGAUACAGCUCAUUAGGCUAAUUUGAAAACUGAUUAAAUAGGGCAGCAGGUACCGAAUUGUAAAACAAAUCGUUCACAACAAAGCACAAUGGAGACGUAAAUAUUUUUAUAUGAAAAAGUAUACUUAUUGUUAUUUCUAAUAAGAAAAUUUUAUAUCGCAGUAAUAAUUAUACACUUUUCGUGCUGUAGAUUUUCACUGGUAAUUACCGCCGGUCUGUUUUCAAUUAAUAUAAGGCAUGUUCAGCCAAUGACGAAAUAAUGUUUGAUAAUAUUUCAAAAUAUACAGGAAACAAAAAGGUUUCUGAUAACGAAGAUGGGGAAAACUCAUUGUAGAAUAGAAUUAUUGCGCAUGCGCUGCUUUAUGACAAAUGGUUUUUGUUGCAGGCGUUAUUGGGCAUGUUCACAUUCCUAUAGAAAUUAUUCCACCUAUGCGAAUUACUGCCAAACAAAAAUUGAUCAGAAUUUUUUGCACAACGCUUAACUGGUUGACUGGCAUUGUAUAUGAUACAUGAUGUAAAAAAAGUUGUGCCAAUUCUGCUUAUGUAUCAUACAUGAUGAAAUCGAAUGACUUCCUUGUUUUUCAACCAAUUUGAAUGAAACUUGGUGUACAAUGGUUUUUGAGGUCACUGAAUCUGAAUCUGGCAAUGGAAUUGCAAAAUUCAAUAUGGCGGA